GUGGGCUGGGGGGGCAACAACGGAUCCACCGUCACAGCAGCUGUACUGGCAAACAAGCUGGGUCUCUCCUGGAGGACCAAGACUGGGGUAAAGGUGAGUAGAGCAAUACAGACGUACCCGUACUCACACAGACAGGGAGUAAAUUGCUGGGCCACUUUCAUUUGAUAUAGCCACCGGCCAAACAUGAAGUUGUAACGUGCAUUAGAUCUGAGAUGGGAAAUCAGCAUACUGUAAACAUGCACAUUUAAAACAUAGCAAUAGUAAACAUGAUGUUUGUUCCCUGUGUGAACUAUCUCAAGCAACUUUCAAGUCUCUGCAAGUCGACUGUCAUACUGCAUUGAAAUGCUUGCACAUCACAUCUCCUGACCUGGGGGUAAGAAAAACAAAGCUCUAAUGGUUUUCUUGGAAAAAGGAAACUAAAAUAUAAAGCUUGUAUUAUUUUUAGCAAAGCUUCCAAAGCAUGCUAAUACAAUGCUAAUUAUGAGUGCAGAAUAAAAGUUGAAUGGUAAAUAAUUUCCUUAUAACUAUAAUAGGAUCGCUGCGAUGGAUUGGCGACCUGUCCGGGGUGUACCCUGCCUUCGCCCGAUUGCCGGCCGGGAUUGGCUCCGGCCCCCCCUCCCCCGUGACCCCGUUCCGGGAUGAAGCGAAAGCAAACUAUUUUGGCUCCCUCCUACAGGCGUCUACUGUUUGUCUGGGAUCAGGGCUCGAAGGCGAGGUCAACGUGCCUUUCUGUGACCUCCUACCCAUGGUGCACCCUAAUGACAUUGUCUUUGACGGCUGGGAUAUCUCCUCUAUGGAUCUUGCCAGUGCAAUGGAGCGUGCUCAAGUCCUUGACUGGUCAUUACAAGAGCAGCUCCAACCAUACAUGAGUAGCAUGAAACCCAGACCCUCCAUUUAUAUCCCAGAAUUCAUUGCUGCAAACCAAGAGAGCCGAGCUGACAGCGUCCUCACUGGGACCAUGGCCGAGCAGAUGGAGCAGAUCAGAGCUGACAUAAGGGACUUCCGUAAGUCAAGUGGUGUGGACAAAGUCAUUGUUCUGUGGACCGCCAACACCGAGCGUUUCUGUGAUAUCAUACCGGGGGUCAAUGAUACAGCCAAGAACCUGCUAGCUGCAAUCCAGGCUGGAGCAGAGGUUUCACCCUCAACACUCUUUGCAGUGGCUAGUAUACUGGAGGGCUGUGCAUACAUCAAUGGCUCCCCACAAAACACCUUUGUCCCAGGGGCCAUAGAACUGGCCAUGCACAGAGGCGUGUUCAUUGGAGGAGAUGACUUCAAGUCUGGUCAGACCAAGAUCAAAUCAGUGCUGGUGGACUUUCUCAUCAGCUCAGGGAUCAAGCCGACCUCUAUCGUCAGUUACAACCACCUCGGCAACAACGAUGGGAAGAACCUGUCAGCUCCACAGCAGUUCCGCUCCAAAGAGAUCUCCAAGAGCAACGUGGUGGAUGACAUGGUCAAAUCCAACCCCAUCCUGUACGAGCCUGGAGAAAAACCUGACCACUGUGUGGUGAUUAAAUAUGUCCCCUAUGUGGGAGACAGCAAGCGUGCCAUGGAUGAAUACACCUCUGAAAUAAUGAUGGGCGGCAUCAAUACUAUUGCACUCCACAACACUUGUGAGGACUCUCUACUAGCCAGCCCAAUCAUCCUGGACCUGGUGAUCCUGACAGAGCUUUGUCAGCGUGUGACUGUCCGACCUCAGGGGGAGGAGGACUUUCAGUCCUUCCACAGUGUCUUAGCACUGUUGUCCUUCCUCUGCAAGGCCCCCCUGGUCCCAUCAGGGACCCCGGUCAUUAAUGCAUUCUUCCGCCAGAGGGCCAGUAUAGAAAACAUCAUGAGAGCAUGCCUUGGCCUUCCUCCUCAGAACCACAUGCUGCUGGAGCACAAGCUGCAGAGAGAUUUCCUGUCUGCACAUACCACCUACGUCAGCAGCAACGUAGCUGUUCUGAAAAAAGUUGCCCUCACCAACGGGAACCAUAUACCUCUGACAAAUGGCAUCUGUGGGGAUGUGGAUUAAAGAAUUGAAACUUAACUUUCUGUCUGUACUCCAAAUGUAAAAUACAAUUGUACAGUAUUAAAAAUGGUGUUGGUCAAUGUGUUUUCCAUGUAAUUGUUUUAUUAAUCCUGGAGCUGUGAAAAUGAAAUUGAUAACUGCUGAAUUUGGUGCUUCAAUCUACAGCACACUGGUUUGAUAAAUGAGGAGCAGCUCUUUUACAUUUGGUGUAGUUUCUGUUGUCAUCUAUCACUGCAUUUUAUAGUCAUCCAUGUGGCUUGUGUGAGUGUGUGUGUGAAGCUAAAUCACAGAAGUAUCACAAAAACCUUAACUUGUCAUGCUCUAAAUGGAUUGGUUUGGUGUCAUACUUACUCUAAUGUACUUUUUCUGCACUAGCAUCAAAAAAGGAAGCACAGAACAUGUAUAACAGUUGUGUAAUAAAAGUUGCAGGUGGCCUAUAAAA